UAGUACUCGUCUCGUUGUCUUCGUUGGAUGGUAUGAGAAGUAAGAUUGGUUAGGAUAAGGAUAAAAAUAUUAGAUUUAGUUCUAUGAUCCAACACAAUACAGUCUAAUUCGAUUCUAAAGUCUGGAGAUGCAGUGGAGGGCGGUAUGACCUUUUACUGUUGUUACUGUCAUCCGACAACACGAAGGCGAAGAAGAAGAGGUUUACGCGACAGUAGAAGAAGAAGAAUAUAACGCCAUAUAUGGUUAAAACACCGGUGCUGCUAGUUAGCUGUGCUUGCUGAGAAGUGGGUGUGUGAAUAUUACAAGUUAAGUAGUUUUUGAGAGCAAUUGCUGUAAUAACAAGAUUGUUUUACUUCGACUUCCGUCCAAGUAGUAUUCAACACUAAGUGAAAAUAACUUCGAGCUACUAGGCAGCAGAUCUAACUUACAAGCUAAGUUGUGACAGGAUUCAUCGUAAAGGAGUUGAGAAAAGAUGUCAGAGGAGUCCCCCCGGUCACCUCCACCUCCCCCUGCUCCAGGUCCACCACAUCCUUCAUCCUCAGCCCCCAAGAAGAAGCUGUAUCAGACAAUAGCCAGUAGUAGGAGUCCUGUAGAGGGUAACCACACAGAGGCCCUCUUAUUGCUCAGUCAGAGGGAGAGCAGUUUUCGGAAGGACCUGCAGUGGGUACUGGUGAACACAUAUGUGCCUUCUCUCAUCCAAGAUGGUCCACAGUGUGGUCUGGUGGCUUUGUGGAUGUCUGCUCAUCUUCGACAGCCACAGCUGAGUCUUGACAUGGAAACCGUUGUUCAGACAGCGCUGAGCAGGGGAUACACGGCACAGGGUGAAAUGUUUUCAGCUGCCAACAUGGCCCUGCUGGCAGAGGAGGUUUGUGGCUGUGAGGCAGAGCUGCUGUGUGGGGGUUUAAGUGGUAACAAUGCUGCAGCCAUCAUCACACACCUGUGGGGGAGCCAGCCGGUUCUCAUCCCAUAUGAUGAGGACUUCAACCAUGAGCCAUGCCAGCGUAGUGGCCACAGGGCGCACUGGGCAGCCGCUUCAGGUGUUCUCCUCGGUUUGGAGCAGGGCAGCCUGAGCAAAGAGCAAACCCAACCUGAUCCCACUCUGCCCUGGCUCUCCCUCGCCACUGACAGCAGCUGUCCUUGUCCUGACGGUAGCACAGCAGUCAAAGAGGUUUACAUCCUGGCUAAGCAGGGUAAAAGCCUGCGCUACCAGCUGUGGAGUUUGGACAGCGUAGCUCACAGCAACCUGCAGCUGAGGACGAUGGACCCUCAGAGAGCUAAUGACGGGAACCAGUACGUGGUUCCUCAAGGAGGAGUGGAAGCCGGCCUGGCUGGACAGGCGGUGUUGCUCCACACAAGGACACAGAAGCAGAAAUGAGUGUGAUGCAGGCCCCAGCUGUGUGAAGAACAGGCGAUCCAGGUUGCAGCAUCUGACCUGUAGUCCACAUGCCACAUGUACAUGGGUAUUUUUUUAAAACAUGGUUUUUCCUCCUUCAUUCUCAGAAAAAAUGCUGUCCAUGUAAGCACUGUUUGAAAAAAAAAUUCUUCAUCCAUAUGAAAGCACAGUUGAAGAGCCGUCAAGAGCAUGCUAAACCAACAGGUGGCGAUAUAACCCUAACCCUAAAGCCAUGGUGGCCAGUCACAAGUCUUGGGGGAAAAAGCUAUUACCUGUAGGCUACCUGCAGCUAGAGGUCCCAUCUUACCUUGGCCAAGGCCAAACAGUUUCUGAAUAUGUUCUCCAUGGAAGCGGGUUGACCUAAAACUGUGUUUGUGUGGAUGAAAGGCUGAAACUCGUGUACCUGUGUAAAUGUGGAUAAGACUCAGGAAAAUACACUAUUAUCACAGCACACUGUCUCACACCCCUGGAUCCUGAAUGCAGUUUUUAUGCAGAAUUAUAUUUAUGUCUUGCAGGUUCACACUGUGAUGAAUCAUCACGCUUGGUGCUUAAUACAUCUGACUGACUGAAUGGAAUAUAUUUAUACAAUAAAUUGUUUAAAUUCUUGAUUCACUGCCUGCCUGUUAUGGGAUAGUCAGUAACAGAAAUGUGUAAACAUUGAUAUCAGCGAAUGAUCUGAGUUGGGAGAACAAAAAACAAACUCUGAAAUCUCUUAUUUCCAGUUUAUUGCAAUCCAUGACCUGGACAAAGCAGGGA